AUGGCCACGCUAGAGACGCUGCCCGUUCUUAGUGAUCCAACCUACCCCAGCCCGGAGAACUUCCAGAGUUUUGCUCCUCGGCCAUCCCAACCCACCUCCCAGACCAGCAUGGGGAGCGUGGGCAGUGGAGUUGCCAACGACCAAGAGUUCGCCAUGAAGAGCGUGGGGACCCGGACGCAGAGCAGCGGCCGGCAGAUGGAGGGGUCUCGCAAUGGGUACUCCACGCGGGAGAUCUCCAACCGCUACUCGGGCGAGGAGAAGACAUACAGGUCGGAGAAGGUCUCUAAUUCCCUCUACAUCAACGGUGACCUGCGCAAGGGUGAGAAGGUGAAGAUGGACAUCUGUGGGAAUGUGACCACCAACAACGAGAAGAACAUGCCGCCUCCUCCCCAAUACCGAGAGCCCAGUAACCCACCAAAGAUAUUGCCAAUCUCCGGCAAACUAGACCAGAGCAAUGAGCCCUUAGUUAGACCCUCAGCCUUUAAACCAGUAGUUCCUAAAAACUUCCAUUCCAUGCAGAACCUCUGCCCGCCGCAGAGCAACGGGGUGACAGAGAACAGAAAGAGCUUGAACCAUGCCAACAGCAAUAGCCCGUCCGCACCCAAAAGUGGACUCGACAAGAGCAGCCUUAACAGGACUACAAACCAAGUGGGGGGCCUUUCGGAUUCAGGCCGUAACUCGUUAACAAGCCUGCCCACGUACGGGACAGGCUACAGCCAGCACGUGGGUCCAAUGAGCGCCUCCACGAGCCACAUCAAUCGCAUCGGUACAACCUACGUGGACAAGAAUAUCGUGGGAUACAACGGGAUAUCUACCUCAGACAGUGGGCGGUCUUCGAGCAAGAGCACCUCUUCGUUCAACAGACUGAACCAUCUCAACGAAACGAUGCCUUUCCACUCGCCUUCAACAGACGACAUCAUCCAAGACUUGGAAGAUCGGCUGUGGGAGAAGGAGCAGGAGGUCCUCCAGAUGCGAAGGAACUUGGACAAAAGUGAGGCAGCCAUCUUCCAAGUGUUUGAGGAGAAGCAGAAGAUCUGGGAGAGAGAAAUGGAGGAUCUGAGGCAAAACUAUGCCAACAAAUUGCAACAGGUCUCCAAAAAGGCGCAGCGGGCUCAGCAGGCCUUGCAGCUCCAAAUCUUCAAGCUCCAGCAAGAGAAAAAAAAACUCCAAGAUGAUAUGGGACAACUCCUCCAGCAACGAGAGGAGCUGGAGAAGAAAUUUGUGGCUUUCAAGAAGGAACAGGCUGAGUUUCUCCCAAAGAUUGAAGAGACCAAGUGGGAGGUGUGCCAGAAGGCAGGUGAGAUCUCCCUGCUCAAGCAGCAGCUGAAGGACUCCCAAGCAGAUGUCUCCCAGAAGCUGAACGAGAUCGUGGGACUGAGGACACAGCUCAAGGAAGGUAAGAACUUCCUACGGGAGAAGGAGGAGCAGAUCCUCACCCUGAAGGACUCCUACAGUUCCAAGAGUGUCAACCUGGAGAUCUGUGAGAGUGAGCUGCAGCGGAAGAUGAGCGAAGUCCAGGUGCUGAGGGAAAAACUGAACCACUGUGAGCUGGAGGUCUCUGGCCUGAAGCGGACACUUGCCAGCAUGGGACCUCCAGGGCCUUUUGGUGGGGACCUUGGUGAGAAGCUGCGGGACCCACUGGCCUGCGAGAGCGAUGAAGCCAAGAUGCAGCGGCAGAGCGAGGACAGUGUCAACACGCUGCGGAAGGAGGUGGAGCGGCUCCAGACGGAGCUCAAGCUGGAGCGGCAGCAGCGGGAGCAGCAGGUGAUGGACUUCGAGGAGGAGCGGCGCACAUGGCAAGAAGAGAAGGAGAAAGUCAUCAAGUACCAGAAGCAGCUACAGCUGAACUAUGUGGAGAUGUACCAGAAGAACCAGCUCCUGGAGCACAAGGUGAACGAGAUGAACACGAAGGCCACCAGCCCCCCGCACACUGAGGAGAAAAAACCAUGGACUCCCUCCAGACUCGAGCGAAUAGAGUCCACCGAGAUCUGA